AUGGCUUCCAGCAAUGCCGAGAACCAAGACGAGGCCUGGCCUUUUUCACUGUCUUGGCUUGACCACACAGUAUCUGACUACUUACUCCGUACGGUCUGCUCAUUUCCACACGAGUCAGGGUCUGUCAGUGGCAGCCAACAGCGAGUCGUUGAGCGCGCUGAUUUUGGAAGGCUGAAAGGCGGAGCUGAAAAUAUGGGAAAUGGUCGAGGUGUGGAUAUAAUAAGUAGUAGGCUUGGGGGCGAUGACUCGUAUUGUAGUGCUGACGGGUUUCUGGAAGAUUCGGAUAUUACCGAUGCCCGCUUAGAUAAGUUACUGAGUAGAGUCAUGGGGUUGAGUUGCUGGUUGUGCAGCUACGUGUCUGCCAGACCGACACUUGGGGACGGAUGUGAGAGUAGAGUUGGGCUGACCGAUCCGAGGAAUGUGUCAGUUUGA